AUGCCUGCCCUUCCUUCUGCCUCCACCUCGAGUGGAGCAGGCGGCAUCGCCGUCUUCGAGCCCGCCCGCUUCGAGCGCCUACAUCGACUCAUCAACGAGGCUGCAUCCAACCCAGUACGACUCUCGCGCUCCAAUGACUGGUUCGUCACCAUCGAUCGCAAUCGUGCCGACCUCGCCGACCUCGGCAAGGUCCGUCCACCAUCCGACCUCGAACGCAAAGAGAUCGAAUCCGGCAAAAUCACCAUCAGCGGCAACACACAGAGUCUCAAUCCAGAUUUUGCCCAGCAGUCGCUCUUGCUCGCCCGCCAACUGGCCGUCUCGGAGCACUACGCCGCUUCCUUGCUCCAGCAAGGUCUCGCUGGUCGCGCGAAAUGGGGACGACCCGCUGUCGAGGUCGCCUGCAUCCUCUAUCACCGCGAACGGCUUGCGCUCCUCGCAUGCCUCAAGGAGCUGCUUCGUAACGCACUCACCAUGCCCUUUGACGAUGAUCCCGAGGCUCAACGCAUGGGUCUCAAGAUGGAGCAACUCGUCGAGUCUCUCGUCAGCGUAGACACCUCCACUGCCUCUGCCUCAGCCUCGACACGCAAGCUCACCCUUCCAGAGAGAAUCCUCGCAGAGAUCGACAGUGCCAAACAGUCGGCUGCACGCGUCAAAGCAUCGCUCGAAUCGCCCAGCUCGGCUGUUGCCAACCAGGGCAUCCAGACACAGACCUCCAACUUCUUUGGCCUCGGCAGCAGCAGCCAGACCGCCGCACAGCAGACAUCCACAUCAACAUCCAAUACUGGCAGGCUCAGCGAUGACAUCCAACUCGACCGCCUCGGAUGGCUGCGCGAAGAACGACGCGAGCUCGGCCACCUGCUCUACCUCCUCUCCAUCUCGUCCCUCUUCACGCCCUCCAACAUUUCGGCCGUCCUGCGCUGGCUCGCCGCCGUCUCGGCAGAGACGUACGACGAGAUGACCAUUUACGUCCUCACUGCGCUUCUGGGCGCCAUCGAUGCUACUCCAGAGGCGCGAGCUGCCAUGGCGGACCGCGCAAGUCGAGGCAUUCUCCGCAACACAGUCGAAGACGUCCUCGACGACGAGUCCUUCAUCACAUCCACCCACGCUGAAAUCACGCGCAAGAAGUGGGCUCUCGGUGAGCUCAACAGCGUCGUUGCGCUCCAAUGGUCCAUCUUCUUGGUCGAGGCUUUCUCACGCAAUCCUACCUAUCGCAACCAGCUGUCCAUCUCCGAAGAACACAUCCAGGACCUCGUACUCCAGUCCAUCACCGGCUCGUCGCUCUCGAAAGAUCUCAGGGCGGCAACCGGUUCCGAUGGUCCCGCUGGCGGCGCCUUCAUCUUCCUCGUCGUUCGCGUCCUUGCUUUCCGUCAAAGGACCAUCGACGCUCUCUUUGGCGAGGAAGAGGAUGCAGUCGCCGCCGAAGCUGAUGCUGCCGCAGGCGACGUCGUCGACAACAACCCUUGGGAAGACGAGGUGGACGCCGAGUUCCGCGAGUACGUCGUACAGCAGAUUCACAACCUCGCCGUCGGCACCACCUCGGUCAUGCUGCCCAUGCUGCGACGCAUUCAGCGUUCCGAAGAGGAUGCUGCCUUUGCCCUCUCCCGCGGCGUCAGUGCACGAGGCAGCUCAUCCGUACCUCCAGAGCGCAGAUACGACAUCGAGGCGCUCUUCGACCUCAUCGCGUUGCUUUGCCGAGGCAGGCCAGAAGCCGGCCUGCCCUUCUGGGUAGGUCCUGACAGCCGUACAACGCGCUUCCUCGCCUGGGCCAUCGAUGUCCGCGAACCUGGACACCAACGAGCUCUGCUCAACAUGCUAGCUGCCAUGUCGUCGGGCCCUCAAAGCGCCAGCCAAGCAUAUGCGCUGCUCGACCAGGAGAGCACUCAAGCCGGAGCUGCCGGUGAAGCCCGUCUCGUCUCGUGGAGCCGCCUCUUCGAGUGGAUCAGCUACUACAUCGACACUUUUCAUCAGGCCGUCAACUCGUCAUCUUUCCACGCAUCCAGCUACCAGGCGUUGGCUAUGCCAAAGAACGAAGAGACGCUCCUGGUCGGUUUUAUUCGACUCUUCCGCAACGUUGUCUACUUUUCGCAUCCCGCUCGCGACGCAUUGCUCCAAAACUCGUCGUACAAUGCGCUCGACAAGCUCUUCACACUCCUCACCUGCCCCAUCCCGGUCGAGCUCAAGGCGAGCAUUCUUGACGCCCUUUCGGCCUUCCUGCACCACUCAACCAGCAAUCCUGCCGCCCAAUCCCGCUUCUCAGCGAUUGCAUCGCAGCUGUGGGACCGAUUCGAUGAGUGCGGCUUGAUCCCUUCGGAUGAUGCUGCCGCAAAGUCGCGCCUCAACGGUGGCAACUCUGCAUCCGCUUCCUUUGGCCCUGCGUUCCAGCCGCUAGCUUCCAAAGGCGUCCUCUACGAGCUCGAAAACUUCGAAGUGCCCCUGCGCACCUUCCCCGGAUCGACCAGCUUCGUCAACUUCCUCAAGGCGCUCGUCCAGCUUCCUACGUCGACGCUUGCAGCUGGCUCCAAUGCGCUGGCAGACGCCGCCUCCACCUCGGCUGUCAACGCCAACCCCUUCAGCGCCAUUGUUCCGUACGAUCAGCACGCGCAGCAGCAGAUCCAGGGCCAAACACAGCCAGCGUAUCAACAGCAGCAGCGCAGACAGCCUCGAUCGGUCGAACCUUACGUCGACUUUGUCAUCGACCAUGUUCUGCUCAAAGCACGUACGCGUGACUAUGUCGAGCCUGCCGAGCAGUGGCGUGUCGUGGCUUCGUGCCUCGACUUUGUCGACCGCUCCUUGCGCUCCUACGACCUGGCAGCUCUUCUCCGCAACAACGAUCAAGCCGACGCGGUCUCCGACCCGGCGUUGCUCACCCAGCUUGCGUCGCAUCCCGGUUUCUUCCUGAUGCGUCGCAUCCUCACCGGAUCCAAAUUGGUCGGUGAGAUGCUCGGUAUACUCGUCCCAGGCUCUGGCCUCGCUGCUUUCGAGGCCAUCAACCAGAACCGUGCAAGUACCUUCUUCUACGGUUCAUCCGUCCGACACGUCCUUAGCAUACUCGACCGCGUGCUGCGCUACCAAGACCUCUUUGUGCAGGUGCUCAUCCCCACGCUGGUCGACACCACGCUCAACGGUGUACAGCUUCCCUUCGACGUCUCGACACGCGUCGGUAACUCCGGAUCGUACAGCACUUUCGACGUUCAGCUGCUGCACGCCCACGAAUCCGUGGUUCAGAUCGCACUGCUGAUCAACUGCGUUCGCGACGACGUAGCGUUGUUGUCGGUCCGCCUGCUGGGACUUAUCGCUCGCACCGCCGCCUUCAGCGCUGUCGACCGUUUCGGCGAGAUGGGCUACCGUCGUAAAAUGAACCGCCUCGUCGGCUUGCUCGAAAUGAGUGACGAAGCCGGUCGCGUCAAGGCAGGAUACGUUGCUCGAUUGGAAGCCGAGUCUUCCGGCGACGCUGGCAGCGUCAAGACGAUCGAGACUUUGAACGCUCUCGCUGGAGGACCUCAGCUCGAUGAGGACGAGGACGCAGAUCUGCAGGCUUCCAGCGGCAGACUUGAAGGCCUCGCCGCACUUGCAUCUGGCGACGCUGUGGAGGCCAUCCAGAUCGCUAUCAUAAACCUUCUCCUGGCCGGCACCGAUCUCAAUCAGCCCGCACCCAACGUCGCUCAUCUUCUGCUCGGCUACGACUUGCGCGCGGCUCGCCCCGAAGAGCAGGUUAUCAUCGAUCCCGACGCGCAGACGGCAGCUCCAAGCGCCAUCCAUGCCAUCCUUGCUCUCCUGCGUCCAGAGUCGGACAGCGAUGGCGCCUCCUUCCUCAGCCUCGCCGAGCGUUCGCCUGGCUUUGCAGACAAAUGCUUCUCGCUCAUUCUGCGUCUUUGCACCCAUCCUUUCACGAGCGCAGCAACGCUUCGCUACCUGCGUACCAAGGAGGACUACGUCGUUCAGCAGCUGCGCAGCCUUUCCCUGGUGCCGGCUGAGCGUGGAACACUGACCGCAAGCUCGGCCGCACUAGGCUUGGUUCAGUUCGCCGAUGGUCAGGCUAUCGAGACAACGGUCGACCGUGUCACCGCUUCCUUGCGCAUGCGUGCGUCUCUGCUCGAGCUCACUGCGCUCGAACUGCAUUCGCUCCUCAAUGCCGGCAUGCAGUCGCGAGCAGCACGCGUCGUAGCCGCCCUGUUCGGAUCCAACGCCACCAUCGGCGGAGGCAACGGCCUCGAUGCGGAGGACAGCAUCGACGAGGACGACCUGCUGCUCGGCACAGAACGCGAUUUCCGCCUCGGCGCCGGUGGAGCCGAAGUCCGCACCUUCGGUGGGGUCCCUUUCCUGGAGAUUCUACAGAGCCUCGACUUUGAGUGGUACGACGAUCGCGAGGCCCUCGGCCAGAAUAUCACCGUGAUCUCUCCCGAGCAGCUCGAUCUUGCCAGAAGGCCUGACGCUGCCGUCGGUCCCCGACUUUUCGAUCUGGGCGCAGUGCUUGCCAUCCUUGUCCGAGAAAAGACGCUACUCCAGCAAAAGGGCAAUCUGCGCGACGCAGGUCAGGCAAAUCCCUUCCUGGAGCAGGCCGCCUUCGUGCUGCAGUGGGCGUCGGCUCAGAAUGCCAAAAAGGCGGUCGCGUUCUCGAGACGGCGUGUGCUGCGGGCAUGGCGACACACUCUCGACAUGGUGUUGGCGCGGGCUGCAGGCCUGCUGCGCACCGAGGUCCGAUCCAGCCUCAUGUUCGACUGUCUCUCGGAGCUUCUGCCGCGCAUCUCGACACCCUCGACAGACGCUGGUGCUCUUGACGUGCCGUCUGCCGACCUCGUCGCUGGCGCGGUGCUCUCGCUGCUGACUUCGCUGCGACAACAUCGCGUCGAGUUGACUUCGGGAGCGCUCGACGUUGAAAGUGUCGACGCCCUGCCGACGGAUCGACUGCUAACGACGCUGCGCGCCCUCAUCGACUCGGUACUCAGACUCGAGACGACAACGCUGGCUCGCGGCAAUCUCUACUCGGCCCUGAUCAACUUCCUGCAGCUGGUCAAGUCUGGGAACGGUGAUUCUGGCGUCGAAGCAGGGCUCAACGAUGGCGCUUCCAUCGUGGCCACCGGGCUCGACGAAAGCAUGUCGGUGGGCGGUGUUUCCACGACGACGACCAACAUCUUUGGCGGUCGUGCACAGACGAGCAGCCUCGAGGCGCGGACUCGCACCUUGCUGCUUUCUCAUGGCGAACGCCUGAUGGAUGUUCUCGGGCGCGAUGCGCUUGAUGCAAGCGAUCUGUCUAAGACCAUCGCCUUUACGCUGCUCGACAAGCUGUGUGCGCUCGAUGCUCCGUCUUCUUCCGCAGCCUCGUACCGUCGCGGCGGCUCGCGGUGUUUGGACUUGCUGGACCGCAAAGGCUACAUCAAGAGCUUUGUCACGGCCCUGCGCGAUUCGGACUUGGCCUUGCAGGAGACGCUUCGUCCCGACCCUGCCAGCUUGAACGCGCUGUACGUGUACGAGGCGCGCCUUGCGUUCUUCAACCGCAUGGCUCAGACACGCGACGGCGCCGAGCGACUGCUCAACGCCAAGGUAUUUGACGUGCUCGCGCAGUCCGACUACCUGGCAGCGCGACCGGACCAGGAUCAGGAGUUUGUCGACCUGGACAGCUUCCUCCCUGCAGCGACGGAACGAUACAAUGCGUUGCUGACACCCGUGCUCCAGCUGACGACCAGCAUCCUCGCCAGUACGUCGGCAGGAGCAGCCGGUUCAGGUGCCAUUGGCAUCUCGAAGGGAGCCGCCUCCACCUCGGCAUCUGCCGCCCCUCGACACGCGUUGGCCCUUCUGACCGCUCACCGCGAUGCACUGCUGACGGUGCUCCGCGCACCGCUGCAAGAGUUCUGCUCAUUCGCGCAGCUCGGUCAAGCUCAUCUCGUGGUCGCCAUCUUUGUGCUGAUCAUGCCGACGCUCGACGACGACGCACAGCAGGCGCCGAGCCCUCUGGCGCCUUUCCACAACGCCAUCAUCGCCUUCGCAGCCGCCUACCUCAACACGACUUCCUGGCGAUCGCGCAUCGUACCCUACAACGAGGCGGAGCGUGAGGAAAGCCGCGUGCCCACCACCUCUCUGCGUGCGCUGCGAGCUUCGAGCGAAGCGGCCCACGGCAACGGCAACGGCAGCACGGGUGUGGAGGAGGAGAACGCGUUCGAUGCCAAGGUGGGUUCGAUGGUGGUGCGGCUGCAGAUGACGUUGCUGUCGUACCUUGAGGCAGCUAGCGACGCACGAGGCAGCAAUACGGCGAGAGUGCGCCCGGUGUUGAUCCCGUCGUUGGCGGCUGGUCGCGAGCGAUCGCGCACGCCGUACGGAGCAGGCGACGACGGCGGCGAUGGCGACUCUUCUCGCGCUGGGUUCUUGCGUUCGCAGCGUGCCUCUGCUGCGUCGUCGACGGUGCCGAGCAUUGGCGGGCUGGUGGCGGCGCUGGACGAAUACACGGACUCGGUGGCCAAGGAGCUUCAAGGGCUGGAGAACAUCGAGGCGCUGCUCGAGAACGUCGAUUCGGUGCGUCAGGACGAACUGGACGAGAUCGCACGCGAUGCGCUCGGCGAAACCACCGCCAACGAGCUCUCCGCUGCACAGCGACGCUCCGUCGCGCUCCGCCAGCUGUCGUCGCGCAAAGCGACGCUGCGUGCCUCAUCGACGUCGAAACUCGAUGCGGUGGAGCUGAUCCUGGUGCUGCUCAUCCGUCACAUCGAGUUCUUCCGAAUGCUGCAUUCCGACCGAGCUUCGGCGCUGGGUACGAUGGGCGCGAGAUCCUCGCCCGCGGCGCUGGCUGGGGCUGGUGGAGGAUCUCACUUUGACUGGAACAGUCUGAUGCACGGUCUGGCAGAGUCGCUGCUGCCGGUGGUGGAGGACAAGAUCGGAUACCUGUCGCUUCCACCGAACCUGGUCGCGAACGCAAGGGAAAGGCAGAGCUUCCUGCAGAUGGCAGGUAGACGUCUCGCCAGCUUCUUCACCGAGACUGAGCAGUAG